GCAACGCCUCUAGUGGCUACUAAAGAAAUAAAAAGUGACACAAAAUGAUCCAUCUCCACCUCUGAAGUCUCCAGACCUGUAUGUAAGACCGUGGGCCGGAUCUACGCGUCAGUUUUCGAUCGAAGGCAGCGCGAGACAGCGGAGGUUUUAGGAACUGAACUGUAAUCGAAAUUCGAGGGCGUCUGCAAAAUGCCGAUCUACAUGUGUCAACUCUAGCUAUCUAUCUGUCUAAAAAUGACAGUAUGCGUUCCGUGUUAAAUAUCUCGUGGAUUAUAAUUGCAUUACUUCUGUGCGCGCGAUGUACGUGGAUUUACGCGGAGAUCGACGCAGAGAUCGGCCUGGAUGUGGAAGGAAACGGAUUUCAUAGGACUCUGAUUUACCGCGUAGAUUUCAAAAAUCUUACUAACAACUGUCAAGUCGCCAUUUACAUGGAAUUACCAUCGGCAUUGUACGUCAAUGUAGACGAAGUAGCAGACCUGAGGAGGCGAGGAACGAGCACGGUAUGCUCCACGGGCGAAACUGACGUCGAGUUGUUCAUGGAAAAGGCAGGCCGACAGAACGUAACAACUUGCGCAUCUCUGAGUCGCACGAAAAACCAUCAGUCAUGGUCCAUCUUAACGAUACCCGUUCAUCAGCGUUAUCAGUACGCCCACGAAACCGGUGGCUAUGCCAAUGUGACUCUGCCCAUGCCAAAGCUGUUGCUGGGGUGCCAGGAGAGAAUCAAGGAGUACAGAGUGUCGAAAACGGACUUGUGCGAACCGUGCGUCGAUCUGGCGACAAAGUGGCGCGAAAUCCCAUACCGGAUGUUGAGCAGUCGCGAUUACAUUUGGCCAAUACCAGUCGGAAACAAAUCGGUCUCGCUGUUCGUCACUUGUAUCACGUUAUCGGCGACGGUUAUCGGCGCGAUAUUCAUCGGAUACGCCAUGCGGACGAGCAUUCGUGCGAAAGAAGACUGAAGUAAUUUAAGGUGUAAAUAUACACGGAGAAUUGAUCGUUCCUAGAUGAAGAUUCAACAAGACGUACCCAGAUAGCCAAGUCUGCCGAAAGCGGAUGAUGCCAACUAUCUGCUAUCAACUAUUGCCAGCCAAAAGACAGCAAAUUUGAUACAGAAGUCGUUAUUA